UGCGCAUGCGCUGAGUGUUGCUUGGUGUUGGGACGCCAUUUCAAAUUUCUGCAAGACGCAGACGACAAAAUUCCGUCAAUUGCUUCUCUGUUUCUCUAAAAUUUCACUAGAAACGCUGACGCCUUUAACAGAGACAUGGAAAACGCAGAGGUCUCGGUAACAAACGAGGAGGUUUGUUCUGUAAUGCCGUAUUAAGGGGUGUGGUCGUAUCACCCCCCCUCCCCUGCCGAAGUUUUGGCACACCAGCUGUGACACACCUGUUGUUGUUGUUGUUUUCCUCUCGACAUGACGUUAGAAAGGAGCCACCUGUCCAAGAGCAUGCUCAGUUCCCUGGUCCAGACCAGGUCCAUUGAGCUGGUACUAGCACCCAUUGCAACCCAGGUGUCCCAGCUGAUCAUAGCUAAUGAGAGCUGUGAGCGGAGGGAUGGCCGCCCCCCCUCCUGGCCUAACCUGGUGCCCAGUGCAGAACAGGUGAUGAAGACUCUGGAGGAGUUGGUGUCGGCAGCAGAGAAGGCGACACAGGAGUCAGCUGAUGAGGAACUCCUGGUUGCGAUGCCCGCUGCCUGCGAGAUGUUGUCCACAGCUGGCAGAAACACGCUGCUCGCUGCACAGAACCUGCAGACAGUGGCUGUCACCCCCGCAGCACGGGCAGCACUGGUACAGUCCCUACGGAACGUGCUGCAGGGAACUAUGAAGGUUCUGCUUGUGUGGGAUGAUGCAGAAGUGAGGAAGAUUGUCCAUGCAGCCCACUGGGUCCUGGAGAGGGUCAACGUCAUGAUGACAACUUCCAACAUGAAGGGGCUGGUAGCCUGUUUCAAGGGGUUUUCUGAGGCUGUAAUGCUAUUGGCCAACCUGACAGACAAGCGGCAGCAGGAGCUGACCAACCCUCGCCAGCGCGAGCGGACCAUCACCGCCAUGAUGGCACUGAAGAAGUCUGUCCCCAUGCUCAGCACGGCCAUGCAGACUUACGUUAAGUACCCUGACAACCCACAGGCCAAGGCGAGUCGCGACUAUGUUGCCAAUCAGGUGCGCACAGCUGCGAGGGAAAUUGUGGCAGCUGUAGAGAACAGGAAUGUGGAUGAUGAUGAAAUGGAAGAGCCUGGGCACUUUGCACUGGCCUUAGAUAAGGUGAUCCGUAUGCUGUCCUCGGAUGACCCCCAGUUCCUGCCGGAGGAGCUUGACAGUGAACUUGAGGCUGUUGUACGACAUGCCAUGCUGGUGGCACACGAGUCUCACACUGAGACAAAAGACCAAAUAGUCAGGACAUGCAAAAAGGUGUUUAAAAUCAGGAAUGAGGUGGCCCAGCUGUUGACAUCUGUGGAAGAACACCCAGAGUUUCUACAGCUGAGAAACGACUUCUCCGGUGCAUGUAACAACCUGAUUGGUGAGGCAGAUGAGCUGGAUAAGCUGGUGAGCAGUGCUGUUCUACAGCAGGUUGUGGACACGUUUGUGGAGACUACAGAACCGCUGGAGAGGCUGCUCAGGGCUGCAGCACAGGGAAACAAGAGUGAGUCCCCAGUGACAGAGAAGGUUGCCCUGACACUGUUGGGUCCACACAUCGACGACUUCACCAGCCACCUGGACCAGCUGCUGCAGCUGGCUAGCUUUGCAGCUGCCAGCUCCAUGGACGCAAGGAGGGUGAGGAUCGUCCGCUCAUCCAUUCGUCAGCUGGAGAGUCUGGACCCGGAGGUCCAGCCCACGGUUCUGGCGCUGUGUCGGAACCCGUCAGACAAGGCGAGCGUGGAGCACGUGAAGCUGGUGCGCAGGGAGUGGUUUAAUGAGGUCAACAGCCUGGUCACCGCUGUGGACGAGAUGCUCAACACUAAAGAGUUUAUGGAGGUCACAGAGGAGAGUAUGGAGGAGGACAUACACCAGUGUAAGGAUGCCAUGCACCAGCAGGAUGAGGGGCAACUCAAGAUGGCCGCCGCCACCAUGAUGGGGCGUACACGCCGCGUUAUCCAGAUCACGUCACAACACAUCGACAACAGCGACGACCCUAUCUACCGCAACGGUCUCCUGGCAUGGGUCAGACAGCUGGAAAAAGCUAUGAUCCCUGUGAAGACUGCUGCUAACAAGUGCGUAGCUAACAUGUCGGAUGUCCGAGCCCACGACUCACUUGCUGCGGCGUCCCAGGAACUCCUGACCGUGGUGUCAAAGGUCAAGGAUGCCCUGCAGGGAAUGGACCAUCCUGAGAUCCUGAGUCCCAUGAGGGAGGGACUGAGGUCAUCACAAAACACAGAAACAGAGGACAGUCUCCUGGCACUCCCACUCCCGGAUCUCGGAAACCUUCAGGUGUCUGGUGUUACCAUGGCAACAAAUCAACCAAUGGAGGGCAGUACUAACCCCCAAGACAGCUACCUCAGCAAGGCACUGCCCCACGGCUUAGGGGUCAACAAUCUGUCCUCACCGCCACUCAAGAAAACUGAGAUUUCCAUUGUUGAGAUUGUACCAGGUCUAGGCCUGCCCUCCCCCGUGAAGGAGUUGGUUCGAGCUGCAGCAGCUCAUGAGGCUACUCAAGUGGAGGUGCUUUGCAGCAGAAUCUUGGCACGGACCAACCAAGUGACGGGGGUGGUCAAUUCACUGAUAGGAUCUGUGAAGGACCAUAAGCAGGCUGAAAAACUCCAGUCUCGUUCAGCAGAGUUCACCAGAGUCACACCAAGGUUAUUGGAACUGGCCAAGAGAAUCUCCACCAAUCAGAGCACAGAGGUAGAAGAGCUGCACAGGAUUGGAACAGAAUGGGCCAAUCAGCUAGCAGUUCUUCAGCCAGCUGUGGACAGUCUCAUUGGUCCCUGGACUGCACCUGUCUCAGAGUUGGCUAGGAUUGCCAAGGAUGGAAAUAUAAACUUUCUCAUGAAAGAGCUGGAUGAUUUCCAUGAGAUUGCCAAGAGACUGAAGAGUCUCGCCAGCACAGCUGCUCAGGCCGUGGCCCUUCAGAAACAGAAGGGGGACCCCCAGUUGGCUCGAACCAUUCAUCUGUACGGGGAGGAGCUGGAGUCUCUGGCUUCAAGUAUCACUGGAGCGGCCAACUCAGUUGUCAGUGACACUGUAAACAAGGCAGAGGUGGAGAGGCUGGACGGUCUGUGUACUGAGUGGUCAGGGAAAGUGGUCCAGCUACUGUCCUCUGUUGACUCUGUCACCACGGAGACAGCCACGCCCAUCAAAGUUGUGGCAACUGCAGCAGAUACAGGCAGUGACAGUUCUGUCGAGGACAGCAUGAGGGCGCUGCUGUCUCACAUGCUGAAGCUGAGGGACAUGGCCAGCUGUGCAUCAGAGGGGCACACGAACCACCCCAUGGCCAGCCUGGUGACGCAGACCUUCAGCGCGGUGGACACCCUGGGGAAGGCGGUGGAGGAGGUGGCUCGGCUGGUGGCGGCGCGGGCCAGGACGUCCCUGGGGACCACCAACUCCCACGUGGUACUCCGCAUGGAGCUGCUGCAGAGGGAGUGGGCUACAAAGGUGCUAUUACUCCAUGGACAGGUAGAUGGCAUGACUAGUGAGAUGUCUGCACCACUAGACAGACUGGCGGGAGCUGCACUGGCUGUGUAUCAUGCUACAGGCCAGUCCAGGCUGACUCUUCUGCAGGAGUUCCAGAACCAGGCAGACAAACUGUCCACACAGGUGUCCAAAACCAGACAGCACUGCCAGCAGGCCAUGGCCGGUACAGCAGAGACUGGGUACAAGGAAACUGUUCAGCUGGCCCUGGACACACUCAGCCGGGUUACUGCAGAGAUCAUCACAGCUGCCAGGGACAUGGCAGAUACUGGGUCCGCUGACAGUGCGGUGGGUGAGCGUUUCCAGGACCUGAAGCGACAGUGGGGAUGUAAGGCACUGCUGCUGUACAACACACUCCGGGCCAUGACAGGCCUGGACCAGGCAACAGUCACAGAGGUCAUGACAAGUUUGUUGGGGACGUCCAAUCUACCAAGUUUUGCAAGAGUCAACAUGGCCGACGUGUCACCAAACGCCUCCCUCAACCUCUCCCAAAUCUUCAGCUCCCCCCAGCCUGCCCCAGGGGGCUCCCCCUCCCCCUCCUGGUCCACCCUACCCAAGUGGUCCCACACCCCCUCCCCUGUCAGGUCCAGACCCUCCACCUCCCCUGACAGCAGCCCACGGUCUCCCCGAGGUCUGAUGGAGUCUUACAUGGGACACUCCAAAAAGAGCAUCUCCCCCGUCAAACCCUCACGAGAGAUCCGCAUCACACCUAACAUGCUGGGCAUGCAGGCAGAACCGGAGGCAAACUUAGGAGAUAUCGAACGGAGCACUCCUCCAAAACAGCUGAGGUCACCGUUUGAACCAUCCAGCAUCAGAUCACCAACCGUUGACCAGAGCACAGUCUCCAACAAUCCAGCAGAACUGGACGCUAACCAUUCAUCAAAGACAAUCGUGGCCGCUGCCUUGUCACUGCAGCAGGAGGUGGAUAAGUGGGAGGAGGAGGGCAACACCAUCGUCAAGGUGGCCAAAACCAUGUCUCAGCAGAUGCAGCAGAUGGCAGAGUACACUCGGGGGCAUGGCAAAAUCAGGACCAAGGAGGAGUUCAUCAACACAGCCAAGGCCAUUGCAGCCAAUGGCACUGUCAUCCAUAAGUUUGCCAAGAUCAUUGCCAAGUACUGUGUAGACAGGAGAUGUUCAGAAGACCUGGUGUUUUAUGCCAACCACGUCCCAUCCAUGGGAACCCAACUCAGCAUCAUUGCCAGUGUGAAGGCAGCUACUCCACAUGACAAGGAGGCGGAUGCUGUCCUGGUGAAGAAUGCAGAAAACCUGAUGCACUCUGUGACGAGAACUCUCAUAGCUACUGAGUCAGCCUGCGUCAAGGGGUUACACCAACCACCAGAGGGGGGUGACGAAGCGGAGGCUGCUGCGCUGGCGACACAGUGGCAGAGGAAACUACAGCGCCACCGCAUGAUCGAGGCCAGCAGUCGUGACACGGACGACCUGGGCUUGAGAAGGAUCAACAGACAUGUGUCUGCUCCAACCUUGACUGAGAUCCUGGGCGCUCGGGCCAAAAUUCUCGGCACUGCUGUCUUGUAGUCUACACCACUUCCUCUAUAUUGAUUCCUUUCUCUGUUUGAAAAUAGAGAUCCUUCCAAAAAUACAAAACAUUUUAAAGCACCCUUCUAGAUCUGUAGUGCCUCUAGCGUCACUGCUAGGCAAACUCCUGAAGAAGCCUGACCAGUGGAAGGGCCUGCUACAAGUGUGUAGUCAGGCUAUAGUGCCUUGCAUUUCACACAUAAAUGUAGUACAUUGUACAUGUAUGUUCUCUCAUUUCCCUCAAGUCAAUGGAUUGGACAGAUACAUUGCUGUUCUCCCUCUUUCCCAGGGCAGAAAUUUUCUAUGGAAAUACCUAUAAAUCAGUCAAGGGUAUCUACAUUUGUAUGUCUAUGCAAUAGUUUCUUGAUGGUUGUAGGUUU